AUGAUGGUCGAACAGGGGUUCCCAUCAUCACCCACUGUGGUCGAACGGAGGGUCCUACAUGAGCAAGACGUGGUCGAGCAGAGGCUUCCACACGAGUUUGUGGCGGUCGAGCAGGGGCUCCCGCAUCAUGCGUCGACAGACGAGUAUGGGCUACUCUCGUCGCGCGAGAUCGACGUCCUGGAUCAGGACAUCCAGCUUCUAAAAGAAGGUGUAGAUUUAACAUUUGACUGCGGUUCUCCAGCUUUGAGCAUGGACUCGAAGCACGAUGGGGGCGCAAGCUACGGGAACGCAGCGUUGAAAUGUGUCCACGCCAUUGUGCACGUGGACGGGAGUCCACAAAGGCGCCAAUACAUUGAGGUCGUGAGCCCACCUCGCGACGCGUCGUCGACUACGAGCAUUCUAGGACUCUCCUGGAAGCAUUUUCUACGCGGACUUAAGGAAGGCACGGUAAAACAAGUGUGA